UGCUGCCUUGGGGCCCCUCCCAGAGGUUCGCGUCGCGUUCCUUUUUCAAAGAGAGAGAGCUCCAUCCAUCCAUUCCCCUGAAACCUUAAUACAAUUGGUUUCCCCUCUCCUGCUGUGCUGUGGUUCGUGGGCGUCUUGUUUGGUCGUCAUUUGGAACACCCCCUCGCUGCAACGUACGGCAAUCAUGUCGCUCAAGGAGGUCUACCAGAAGUUCCUUGCGGACCCUAGGUCUGCGCCGCUGGCUCCAGAUGUCUCGCUGAUCUACAUCACCACGACAACGACAGUCGAGGGGGCUGAGGCGGUCGUGGGCCACCUGUCGCGCCAGCACAACGUGGUCAAGAAGAAGGCGGAAGACGUCAUCGGCGCCAUCGAGAGCGCAGAUUCGCUGUGUCUCGAUGUCGAGACAACGCUGGAGUUCGUCUCGGGGGGAGGGGCCUAUCUCCCCUCACUCGACGAUAAUUUCCUGGCAGACCGGGUCGCAACAUUCCCCGCGAUACACAUUGUUCGCUUCGAUGCCCAGAGGCGGAUCCGCCAGAUCCGGCUUCACUGGGACCAGGGAAUGUUGCUGAAGCAGAUGGAGGUCAUCGGCGCUCGCUCGCGGCACUGGCCUAUUCGCGAGGCGAAGGAUCAGACACGUCUCAUCAAAUCCGCGUAUGCCGGAGUCGGCGCGGAGAACGGGGUCCCUGCUUCUGCACCCGCGGCUGCUGCUGAGGACCGCGCGAACCCUAUUUCCCCAAGCAAGAAGCACAUCAAAGACCCUUACGCAGCCGACUCUCUGUUCGACCUUCUCUCCCCCAAAAACGACCGCACCGGGGCUGUCCUUCCCCCUCGAGCCCCUUCUUCUGCACAGCCAGCCCCUCGCGAGUACGGAGAGCUGUUUGUGGGCGAAGAAGAGUCGCCCGAUGCUACACCAUCUAAGCAAAGCAGACCUGUUGCGCCUAAAGCAGGAAGCAAAAACUACCAGCCUGCCCGUAUUUUUGGGGAUGACGAUACCGCCGAGGAAAAGCAGAGCUUCUACAAGACUCACCCUAACAAGUUUGGACACUUUGAGCUUGGUGGUGAUAAUAGCGAACGCGAGGUCAAGCCGACGCCUGGCCGCCCGAAGUCUCGCCACAUCUCUCAGUGGCAGUUUGAAGAUUUCACGACUCCGGAGAAGCCCAAGCGCAAGCCUCGUGGCCAAGAGGUCCGCCACUUUGGAUGGAGCGAUGAGGAUCCCGAACUCAUGGAGACCCCUCCCGCUCACCCACGUGUGAUUCACCCUCGCCGGGAUGCCGAAACUCAUUUCGAACUUGCGGAAAACAAUGGUGACGACGAUUCGAGACGGGUUAUCAGUUCCUUCCAGAACCGAGGUAUGAGCCUCUACCAGAACCAUCUCUACCGUGAUGAAAACGACGCUACUCCGGUCAAGCGGGAGGAGAAGGCGCCGCUCUCGGUCGUGGCCAACGGCGUCCACCGCAAGAAAGACUUUGACUCCCACUGGGUCAUGUCUGACUCGUCGCCUGCUGGUGACAAGGUCAACGCAGAGAACAAGAAGCCCAUCAGCCAGGAUCAGCUGAAACAUGUCAAGAUGAUGGAGUCUUCCUGGGAUAAGUACGACGAGUCUCCUCAGGCGAUCAAGACGGUUCCGGCCACUCGCCAGAACCGCAGCAAGAAUCAGCCUACCUGGGGUUUCGGUGAUGAGGAUGACAUGUAAAUGUCAUAACGCGCGAGCAGGAACCCACUCUUUGUGAUGGAUACCAGAAGCUGCCACUUUUUUUUCUUCUUCUUUUUUUUUCUUAAUUUUCUCCUGAGUGCUUCGAUGUCUGCCGCGAGCAUCUCACCACGCGAUACCCUGUUGUGAUGGAGGGCAAGACACGACCUAGCUUGAUGACCACAUGGUGGACUUGAUACGACCACAGGCUUGUGUCACUUUUGUGUUUUUUGAUCUGUCUGG